AUGUCAGGAGCAUCUCCACCACGUUAUAGUGAGAAAUAUUCUGAUAGCCGAUAUGAAUAUCGACAUGUCAUGAUAUCGAAAGAAUUAAUACGAACCAUACCAUCAAAUCGUUGUAUGGAUGAACAUGAAUGGAGAGCUUUAGGGGUUAGGCAAGGUCUCCACUGGGAACAUUAUAUGGUACAUAAGCCGGAACCACAUGUUUUAUUAUUUCGACGCCCUGUUCUUUCUCAAUAUACUCAGCCUGUUUGUACUGACUUAACAAUGAAAAUGGCUGAUCAACAUGCACCACCCGUUGCUGAAUUAAAAAUUCCGUUACCAUUAUUGAUACCAUUACAUUGUCGAGAUAUUGUGAUAGAACAAAUAAUAAUGGCCAAAGAAGUAGCAAACAAAGACAAGGAGAGUCAAAAAGAACAAAUUUAUUAUUCUGACACGUAUAAGGAUGAUCUAUAUGAAUAUCGUCAUGUCAUAUUACCGAAAGAAAUAGCAAAAAAAAUUCCAAAAGGACGGUUAUUAACAGAAAAUGAAUGGCGAAAUCUUGGCGUUCAACAAUCUUUAGGUUGGGUUCAUUUUUUAAUUCACGAUCCUGAGCCCCAUAUUCUAAUAUUUCGUCGUUCGUUGAAGAUUAGUCAACAGAUCCAACAACAACGUCAACAACAACAACAGCAAGCACAAGCUGCUGUAUAUCAUGCAAAUGCGAUGCAUAUGAAAUAG